AUGUCUGACACAUCCACCAACGUUGGCUUCAUUGGCCUCGGGGUCAUGGGAUAUCCCAUGGCUCAAAAUCUACUAUCCAAACUUCCCGCUCGUUCGAGCAUGUCGAUUUUCGAUAUAUCCGACGACACUCUGAGCCGUUUUCAAGCAGAUGCGAAUAGCGAGCAUCUAUCCAUAUGCAAGUCCAGUAGGCAAGUGGCUGAACAGUGCAAUGUGAUAUUCACCAUGGUACCCGAAGGAAAACAUGUUCGACAAGCCUACUUAGAUCCCAAUGAAGGACUAAUCGCCGCAAACCUCGACGGCAAGAUGCUCAUCGAUCUAUCAACAAUCGAUGUCCAAACAUCAAACCACGUCCGAACCGAAAUCACCACCAAAUUCCCCUCUGCGCGCUUCUACGAUGCCCCCGUAUCAGGAGGUUCCUUAGGGGCCGCCAAAGCGAGUCUGACGCUGAUGCUCGGCGCAUCCCCCGACGACCCCAAAGUCGACGAGUUAAAGCGACUACUGAGCAGCAUGGGAAAGUCCAUCUUUUGCUGUGGCGGACCCUCCAUGGGUUUGGUAGCGAAACUCUGCAAUAACUAUUGCUCAGGCUUAAUCGCCCUAGCGACAUCCGAGGCGAUGAAUCUGGGCAUCAAAUCGGGCAUGGAUCCUCGCAUUCUCGCGUCGGUUUUCUCGACGAGUACUGCUCAGAGCACUAUUAACGACGUGUGGAAUCCCGUUCCAGGGGUGUGUCCUGCUGCACCGGCGAGCAAUGAUUAUCAGGGAGGAUUCAAGAUUCAGCUCAUGGCGAAGGACUUUGGUCUGGCUGUCGACGCUGCAAAGUCUGUGAAUGCCACUUUGCUGUUGGGAUCAACGGGACUGCAAGCGUAUGUGGAUGCGAGUAAGGACAGUCGAUGCGAGAAUAGAGAUUCGAGGGUGGUUUUCAGAUAUAUUGGUGGUGACGAAGACUGGGCUGCCAAGAUCAAAUCAUAG